UUGUGCUCUUCGUGUCGAAGUGUCGGGUAUCGCCAUCAGGUCAGAUUACUUCCACGAUGGACCGAACCCGGCCACGUACCGCACAUUCCGCCCGCUCUAAAUAUAUCUAUUAAGGCCACGGGAGGAAAGUGGGGGAGGGGGCGGGGGGGGGCAUUUUGAGCCACUUUCACCGUUGCAUGUCGGUCGGAGAAGAGGUACAGAACAUGCCCGGAACGGCCGUGAGACCCAAAGCUCGGGAGCGGAACAGCGUCCUGAACAGACCCGAGUUCAUGUCGCUCAAUCAGCCGCUCAGAGGUGGGGGGGCCCCGGAGAGCCGAGGCGGCGGAACCGCUUCGAGGCGCUCCGGCUCCAUCCGCAGCCAAGCGAGCGAGGAUGCCGGCGAGCGCGAACCGGGCCAGCAGCGGCUGCCCGAGGAGGACUGCAUGCAGCUGAAUCCGUCGUUGAAGGGCAUCGCCAAGAGCUCGCUGCUCGCCAUCGACAUCUGUCUGUCCAAGCGCAUGAGCGUGUGCGCGUACACUUGGUCGUCGUGGGGGGGCUGCCGCUCCAUGUUCAACCUGCUGGCGCUCACCGGACACGGCCUCACCUGGAUCAUCGGCACCGUCGUGUGCCUCACGCGCAGCAACACGCCGGCCGGCCAGGAGGUGCUCGUCAACCUGCUGCUGGCGCUGAUCGUGGAUGUGCUGACGGUGGCGGGCGUCCAGCGCCUGGUGAAGCGCAAAGGUCCGUGGGAGAUGGCGCCGGGCUUCCUGGACCGCGUGGCCAUGGACGCGUACGCCUUCCCGGCGGCGCAUGCCAGCCGGGCCGCCAUGGUGUCCAAGUUCCUGCUGUCUCAUCUGGUUCUGGCCGUGCCGUUGCGCAUCCUCCUGGUGCUGUGGGCCGUCCUGGUCGGGGUGUCGCGCGUGCUGCUGGGCAGGCACCAUCUGACGGACGUGCUGUGCGGCUUCGCCCUGGGGCUCUUCCACUUCGGCCUGAUGGAGACAGUGUGGCUGUCAUCCAACACGUGCCAGACUCUCAUCUCCAUCGGGACUCUCAGCUGGAGUCCCUUCUCCUGACCAGAGUUCUGUGCUAAGACUUCACCAGUCUGAGUUGUCACAUUCUCAAUGCAGGUUUGCAUGAAAUGAAAGCCCUUCAACCUACAUGUUCAUUCUAGACGUGAUACUUUUUUUUUAAAAUUUGGACUCAGAAAAGCAAUGUUCCUCAAAUCUUGUUUUUUUUUUUUUUUUUUUUUUUAGAUCAGAAAACUCUCAGCACACAAUCAAACAAAAAUGUCACAAAAACCAUAAAGUGUUCUCCUUUUGCAGAAGAUUGGGAGUGAGCCAUGCCACAAAUAGCAAAAAUCUGCAAAUAAUUUAUACCCCAAGAUUGCAGUAAAAAGUACUUGUCAGGGGGAUGAAGCGCCUCAACACACUUCCACAUAGUUUAUUGGCACCAAGAGGCUGCAAGAUGGCAGCAAAAAAAUAUUCUGCAUAGAAAUGAAGCUCCUCGACUUACUUCCACAUAGUUCCUGGCCAGCAAGAUCGAAAAACACUACUUUUAUUGAAAUAAUGAAGCACCUCAACUCAUUUCCACAUAGUUUAUUGGCACCAAGAGGCUGCAAGAUGGCAACAAAAAAAUAUUUGCAUAGAAAUGAAGCUCCUCAACUUACUUCCACAUAGUUCCUGGCCAGCAAGAUAGCAAAACACUACUUUUAUCUAAAUAAUGAAGCACCUCAGCUCAGUUCCACAUAGUUCAUUGGCACCAAGAGGCUGCAAGAUGGCAGCAAAAAAUUAUUUUGCAUAGAAAUGAAGCUACUCGACUUACUUUACCAUACUGCAGUUCCUUGGCCCCAAAAUGUCACAAGAUGACGCUAACGCAAGGCUUUCACUGCUGAGUUGAGUUAUUCAGCGACUUAUCGAGGGUUAUGUUCCAAGAUCUAUGAAUUUGCAGUAAAGGCUUGUGUAAAAAAUUAUAUAUAUUUGUAAUAGUUUAAGACCUCCUGCACAAUGUCCAAAUGUUUAAACAAGUUCAAACAGUCUUUAACCACCUCAUAACCGCUGCUUGCGAAUUCCUGUUCUAAAGGGCCCCCAUCCAUUUUCUUAACAUAAGAAAAUACUUUUUUAAAAUCAUUGUAUUUUUUUAAAUAAUAAUUAACCACUUUAUUUUAUGAUAUCAAGCUCAACUUUAUAAAGGAAUGUUGGAGUGAGCUACUAUGAAAACAACAAUAAAAAUACAAAAAUGCUUUAUUUAUAAUAAUAUAAUUCUUUAUUUUCAUAUUAUAAAUGUAUUCUCAUAAUAUAUUUAUACAGAACAAUUGCUCAAGGAAAUAUAUCUUUUCUGAUAUUAAUAUGUUCGUGAUAAAGUCUUUGUUCUAAAAAAAAGUGCUUUAACCCUCUGAUGUAUGAAUUGUGAAAGCCUUGGUCAAGAUUUUUUUUUUCUAAGGUGUUUUUUUUUUUUUUUUCCAGGACAUGAAAUGAAGUGUUCAAAAUUUUCAAAGAAUCUUUUUUUUUUUUUAAUAAAGUUACAAGCACAGGGUUAAAUGGGCUUCAAUCUCAUAUAAUUGAGUCCUAAAUUAUAUUUUUUAAAUUUAUUAAUGUCACAACAUUUUUUGUGAUAUUCAUACAUUAGCCAUUGAUUUGUUUUUUGAGUCACUUGGUCUAAUAAUAUAAAAACCUUGUUAUAUUUUCAAAAAACAAAUUCCCACUUGGAACGUUACUAUUUGUACUAAUUGUUGUUUUUUUAUCAUAAUGCGAAAAUGAAACUAUUUGUUGGAAAAGUUAUACAUUUAU